AUGAACAACUCAAAAGUGAGUGCCAAGUUAGUCUAUCUUGGCAGUACAGUGCUCGUACUUUGUCUAAUACCACUUGCUAGUGGUGUUAAUCAGGACCGGCUUCUUGACGAGAGAGAUGAAAUAAAUGGAGCAAACCAUAUUCAUUCUGAUAGACGCGUAGAUCGAUUGGACCAAGAUCAAGAGCAACGGCUAUUGUUUUUCAACCGCGUCCUCAGCAAUCAACGCGACCUGGAACGUGCUGAUAAAUCGCAGUCGGAUAUUCGUGAACGGAGAGAUGAACGUCGUGUGGCUAGCGAUCGUUUAGAUGAACGCCGAACUGAAGAUCGUCGAGAGCUUACACGUCUUGAUCGUGAGCGGGCUCGUGAAAUCGAUGUACGUGAUCGUGAAACUGCCGAAGAGCGAUAUAAUCAUGAUCGCUUAGAUGAACGACGCAACGAGGAUCGUCGCGAGUUUGCACGUCUUGAUCGUUCUCGUGAAGUCGAUGCGCGUGAUCGUGAAACCACCGAGGAGCGGUAUAAUCGCGAUCGCUUAGAUGAACGACGCAACGAAGAUCGCCUUGGUCGUGAACGAUCUCGUGAAGUCGAUAUACGCGAUCGAGAAACUGUCGAAGAGCGAUAUAAUCACAAUCGUUUAGAUGAGGGACGCAGCGAAGAUCGUCGAGAGCUCGUACGUUUUGAUCGUGAGCGGACUCGUGAGAUCGAUAUCCGUGAUCGUGAAACUGUCGAAGAGCGGUAUAAUCGUGAUCAUUCAGAUGAGGGACGCAACGAGGACGAUGAGACGCGACAUCGGAACGAAGUUCGCGAUGAACGUUCACACUUGAGAAAUGACGAAACGAGAGUAAGAGAAGAACGCCGCAAUUCGAGAGAUUUAGAUCGACGUGAUACUCAAAUAGCUGAUCGUCGUGAAAGACGGGAACGUGAAGAUCGUGUCAUUACCCCUGAGGUUGAUGAUCGAAGAGAAGAGAAUCGAGAACGUGAGGAACGACAAUCUCGAGAAGACCGCCUAAAUCGGGAAGAGCGUGAAGAUCGAGAACGUGAAGACCGACAGGAUCGAGGUGACCGUCAAGAUCGGGAAGAGCGUGAAGAUCGAGAACGUGAAGACCGACGAGAUCGAGGUGACCGUCAAGAUCGGGAACAGCGUGAGGAACGAGAACGUGAAGACCGACGAGAUCGAGGCGACCGUCAAGAUCGGGAAGAGCGUGACGAACGAGAACUGGAAGACCGUCGUGAGCGGUUUGCAUUAGAUGAACGCCAGCGAGAAAGCCGAUCGGACCGGAUUGACAGCCUGAGGAGGAUUUCAGCAGAUGAGAAUCGUAACGGUCGAACACAAAUUGUUAGACGAGAGGAGAAGACUUCCACUGACAGAUAUGAAAAUAUGAAUCGCAAUGCCGGACAUAUCUUGAAGACUCAUCGUGAAAAUGGCCGACAAGAAAGUCGCUCGAGAGUAAAUCGCCAGGAACGUGAGGACCGAAUCGAACUGCAUGAACGGGAGUCACGCGAUCAACGUUUCCAGACUGAACAUCUACUCAUCAAGAGUAACCUUACUACAUCCUUCGCAUGGAGCGUGGUUCAAGCAGCUUUAGUUGCGUAUAUCGGAGUUCAGCUCAUGAAAAAAAGUGAGCAACAGGGUACUUGGAAACCAUUCAAAUUGGCAAACCUCAUUAAGUUCAGCGAUUCUGCUGUCGAUGCUCGUUAA